CCGGUUGGAAAAUGCUGAAGACCGCUCUCAUGGGCUCGGGGGUUCCCCUGCGCCAGGCGACGGCACGCAACUUCGCGAGCGCCAAGUUCGGCUCACGUCUGCCUAAUGCGCUGCGGCCCAGUGCGCGCUCUCCACUGCUGCACAAACGCCCCAGCGCAGCGGAGCAGCAAGUGAGGCAACAGUACCACUACCGCUCCAGCAGUCGACGUGAGAGCCGCGCCGUAUCGGGCGACGUGGUGGUGCUUGGCCUCAUCUCCGCCAACGUCGCGGUCACCAUUGGCUGGAUGCGCGCACAGGCACCACCACCAAGACACCCGGCGCAGCAGCUACGAGCCUUCCAGCCAUCCAUGAGGACGAUGCUCACCCACUUCACCACGUCCACACAGCAUCUAAAGGAGGGACGGUACUACACACUACUGACUUCCAUGUUCAGCCAGGCGACGCUGGGGCAUUUGGGCGCCAAUAUGCUGGGUCUAUACUUCUUUGGAAGGCAGCUCUGCGACUUGCUGGGCCACAGGAAGUUCCUCGGACUGUACCUUGCGAGCGGCGUGAUCUCGUCGGCUGCAGCGGUGUAUGAGCAGCACUUGUCGGGGCGACUGACCUUUAACCUGGGCGCAAGUGGAGCUGUGAACGCCAUCACGGCCAUGAACAUCUUGCUGUUCCCGCACGGCACGCUGCUGAUCUUUGGCAUCAUUCCCAUGCCGGCGUGGCUCGGUGGCUCACUCUUCAUCUUCAAGGACGCGUACUCAUUCGCAACGGAUCGGCAGGACGGCAUCGGCCAUGUGGCACACCUCAGCGGCGCGGCCGUUGGAGCGGCAUACUACUACUAUCUGCGUCGCGGAGGCUUCCGGAGCUUCCGACGCUUUUGAGAUAAGAGAGUGAAAUGGUUUAAGGGUCAAUGUAGACCAGAUACAAGACUAAAAAAAAUUCAAAAACUAAGAGCACUACAGACAACAAGCAGCUAGGAUGCUUCAGACUCACGUUAUGCAAGGAUCUAGCAUGGCUUAGUGUACCACCAAGCUCACAAUAUCAGUGUUUCCAACCAA